AUGCCCCCAAAUAUUGUUUCUUCAUCGCACGAGCUGGAGUUCAAAUCAUUUCGAGAUUGUAAUGGUGACCAUCCUUCCCAGACCUUGGUGUUCCACAACGAUUCCUUUUCAUGGUGGAUCAAAGUUGAGAUAGCCUGGUCCCUGCCGGAGUCAAUCCGGAAACUGGGCUAUUUCAAACGUCAGUUUACGUUUCAGGAAUUCAUCCAGGCUAUUGACUUUGGUGAACUAGAAUUGAUGGAUGAUACUGUGACACAGGCAAAUAAUUUGUUAUCUAUUGCCGAUCGAAUUUUUUUCCAGGUCGAAGAAGAUCCUGGGAGAACUGUCUACCCGCUUCUGGACCAAUCUCAAGAUCUACAUGCCUUUGAGGCUUGUUAUCUGAAAGACGAAAAGGUCAUCGCCCCAACCGUCUCCACAGUCAAUUUCAAGCAGAAGCGACUCGCGUACAAAAAGAUCAACCGCCCUAUCUAUGUCCCAGGAGACACGGAACAUAUCCUGAAUGAGAUAAUCGCCCUCGCGAAAUUUCGCGGACAGCCGAACAUUGCCCAACUAAUCGGCAUUGUCAUAUCCGAUAAUCCGUACAAGACCGGUCCAGCGACAAUCCCGUCGCCGGUUAUCACGGGAUUUCUCCUUGAAUACUACCCCGAAGGGUCUCUUGAUCAAGUUCUCGCAGAGGAUAAUGACCAAGAUGAUUCGUUGCUGAGACGAUGGGCACUGCAGAUUGGAGGAGCCUUGGAAAUGUUGCACAUGCAGCGACGGACCCACCUGGACAUUAAACCCUCGAAUGUCGUUCUAGACUCCAGUAAGAAUGCUAUCCUUAUCGACAUUAGUGGAACUGGUGGGUAUGGAUGGGAAUGGCUCGCGUUGGAGAUGCAAAAGACCAUUGAACAAAAUAUUGCAACACCUCCUGCUGGCACGUCGUUCGACAAACGUGUCGCUACAGACUGUUGGGCUUAUGAAAAACUACUUUCGACGAUGGCUACGAAACUUGGCACUAGCAGUUUAGACAAAAGGUUGCAGUCUAUCGGCGAUGACCUAACAAGGACGGAUCCAAAAGCUCGCAUUUCAAUAACCCACGCUCUCGAGAGGUUACGGGGUCAGAAGGAAGAAUACUAGCCUGUUCUUCUCACUAUUGUAGUGCUUGGAAUAUACGUCUUUG